UAGUUGACGAGUUCCCGAUCGGAUAGCCUGUCCCCUCUGUGUCAGUCAUGAGUGGCCGCGAUGACGAAGCCCAUGGGCAAAUGAAGACAAAUCCAUCUGAGCUUCAGUUGCACUUGAAGGAGCUGUGGGGACCCAAUAUUUGCGGCAGCCAGCUGACGAGUGUUAAGUGCUGGCUGCUUCACCCGGUGGGCAGGAAUGACACCUUGACCAGUCUGGCCCUCAAGUACGACACCAGCAUCGGUAAAAUUUGUCGGGCCAAUCGCAUGCAGUGGCAGGAUGUGCUCCUGACGCGUCGCCAAGUCUGGGUACCCGUCCGGCUGCAGAAGAACGAGGACAUCGUCACUGAGCUGACCAAACGGAUGGGAACGCGGAUCCUGAACACUUCUGUGUCCUUCGCGAACCCGUGCACGCAUCCGCCGCAUUUCCAUCGCCAGAGCUCCGCCAAUCCGGAUGCCUUUGCCAAGGAUCGGGACCCUCUGCUGAUCACCAGCGAGCACAUGUCAAUUGAAGAAUAAAGCACUGCAUUCCG